CCUCGUGUAGCGGGUCGCUAUGCUGUGGUGCCAAUUACAGACCGACCCUAGGUCCAGACCUUCUCUGGCUGCCGCCGUGACGCAGUUGGAAUGAUGCCUUGCAUAACAGGCGUGCUUCAAUGACUGCCUGCUGCAUCGGCUCCCGGAGCAUGCCACGCCUCGUGGCAUCUGGUAGUGUGCAACACAUGUCCCGACCGACAGUGCUUUUGCAAGUGAAUCAGUUGUUGGUAGUGCAAAUAGUAGAGGUGACGCGGAGAUACCGACAGUGCGGCAGUCCGUAGGCUACGGAAUUACCAGACUUGAUGGAUAUGGUGAGCAACGUAGGCAGCAUUUCAUGGAGCUUUAUUGUAUAGGAGUCCGUUCAAGGAUCUCUCAUACUACAGUACGCUCUCGUUUGUCGCAUUGGAGAGGUUCGCGAGUUGCACGUUUCUGGACCCGCACGGCCGCGAUUGCUGAUGCAACGACUCAGGAGUACGUUCGAAGCAUCAUGCCCUCAGGUCCGCCACAGAGUAAGCGGGCAUUAGCCGCUGCUGGCUUGAUUGCAAGCCACAGCACGAGGUCUCUGGGCACCAUACCAAUGGAAGGCCCACUACGAGCACCGCAGCUCUCCGGACGAGGGCGUUACCCUUGGCGCCUUGGCUGCAGGGCUGCAGCAAGUAGACCAACGGAAAGCUCUUAUCGAUUGCACUUCGGCUUACCCCCUACUCGUUCGCCAAUAUUUGCUCAAGCAGUCUCAGUAAGCGCAUGGUGGCUUCAUUCAUUGGCAAUGCGACUGCGGUCUGGAAGCUGUCAAGCUGGAAGUAUCAUCCUCAGCGUGUGUUGCAUGCGCCAGUCAGAGGUGUGCGGAACGACAUUUGUACCAGAGCAGACAGGUCGUUCACGACAAAUGUGUCGUAGUGACUGUUGUCAUUGCGGCGUUCCAGCUGGACUGCAAGUCACGGUCUCACAGCCGCGACGCAGAAGCCCCUCAAAGCAUGUUCAUGUAGAUUGGUCGUGGUUAGAGCCUUACACCUGGACGUUCACGGUCUGCUCCAAUGCAAGUACGGCCGCCCUGGUGCGCACAUCGCACGCACCGGAAGCCAAGUAGACCGCAUUGGUGUCAUACGUCUAUUGUAAACGAACCUCAGGGAAGCCUGCACUGACGCUGUGAGAUUGACAGAGCAAGGUGGUUGAUGAUGACCAGCUUUCGUGGUUUCACCAAGUGCUAUUAAACAUGCAUCCCGGCUUGGUGAAUGGG